GCAUGCAGCGACAGUGGAGAGGAAAACUCCCUUUUAACAGGAAGAAACCUCCAGAGGAUCCUGGCUCAGUAUAAGCAGUCAUCCUCCACGACUCACUGGGGAUGGAGAAGACACUCACACACACACACACACACACACACACACACACACAGCUCCAGGCCUGCUUAUUUAGGGCACUUGUUUCUGCUGCAGUGCAUGAUGGGUAAAGGUCAAGUACUAGCACAGAGAAACUUCCAACCUAAGCUAAGUGUUCCUUUACAAAUGUGCUCCUGUCUUGACCUUUAACCUUUGACCUAAGAACUGAGCCCUUCUUAAUAUGGGAUGAGAGCUAUUAGAGGUUUAAGUGUUAGAUCUGAGGACUGGUGGAGGAAACACACCUAACACCAUCUUUAACAUGUGAUAGUCCUCACUAUAAAGGAGAGAGAGUGUGUGUGUGUGAGUGUGUGCAUGUGUGUGUGAAUGUGUGUGUGUGUGUGCGUGUGUGUGUGUGUGUGUGUGUGUGUGUGUGUGUGUGUGUGUGUGUGUGUGUGUGAGUAAACAUGAGGGACCUUCAUGGUCUGAGCUGGAACAUCAACAUGAGUCGGACCUUCAUCAGAGGACAGAAAACAUGGCUGCUGCCGCUGUAAGCAGGGUGGAGCUGACCCCAGGUCAGCUGGUGGAGGUAUAAAUGCCUUCAGCUGCUCUGAUCCAGAUCAAAGAUGAAGUCUGUCCUGUUUUCCUCCAUGGUGGCGAUGAUGGUGAUGAUGAGUCCUUGUGUCUCUCCUGGUCCACUUCCUGCUCCACCUGAGCACACCAGACACAACAAGUCGAUCACCGAGAGUCUCCACCACUUCUUGGACCUGACGAACUUCACCAGGUCGGACCGUCAUCCGAACCAAACCGACAUUGGGUUUGUCAGGCUCCUCACCCCCCAGCGCUGUUUCCUAUCCACCUGUCUGACAGCAAACCUGGGAUCUGACCUUCAGAGAGGAGAUGAGAAGGCAGGCAGCCUCACCACCGACCCAUUCGGUAAUGGAAGAAAAUAAACAUUUACCCUCAUUAAAUGUGAAUUCAGCAGCUCAUGGAGGUUGGAGGAGCAGCUGCGCCCACAGAACUACGUCUCCCAGGAUGCAUUUCAGCUACAGCCUCAUACUGACACCUAGAGGCCUCCUGUCGAACAGCAACAGCAUGGUCACACUGGCUUGUUUCUGGAACACUGUUGGAUAAACAAUAAACUCAUUAUUCAUAUUCUAA